CAUGCUUUAAUGAAAGGAAAGAAUGAAGACAUCAAUCGAGGAGAAGUUCUGCGAAUUCUACGAGAAGUGGGUAUGUCAGCUAGAAGAAUAUCUUAGAUUUCUCGUUCAAGAUUACACACACGAAUCAGAUUACGAAAAUUUAGUGGCGAAGAUGACAACCCAUCACAAGAAUUACUACAAAUUUAAAUGGGCAGCUGCCCAUGAAGACGUUUGUGCGUUUUUCUCGCCGGUGUGGUUAACACCAUUCGAAAACGCUUAUCUGUGGGUCACCGGUUGGAAGCCGUCGGCGGUUUUCCGGUUUGUGGACUCGUUGCGGUUGACGGGAACAGGACUGGUGGACUUGACGGAGGAGCAGGUGAAGAGAAUUGAAGGGUUGAGGAUGAAGAUUAAGAUGGAGGAGGAGAAGGUUGAGAGGGAGAUGGAGAGACAGCAGGUGGGGAUGGCGGACAGACGGAUGGUGGAGAUGGUGAGGUAUAUGAGAUAUGGUGGUGGUGUCGGCGGUGGUGAUGCGGUGGCGGUGGUGGCGGUGAAGGGGUUGUUGGGUGGGUUGGAGAGAGUGAUGAAAAUGGGGGAUUGUGUGAGAUUGAAGACGUUGAAAGGAUUGUUGGAUUUGAUGAAUCCAAAGCAGUGUGUGGAGUUGUUGGCGGCACAGUCGAUGUUUCAUGUUGAGUUGCGGAAAUGGGGCAAAAAAUUGUGAUUUUGUAAGUUUUUCUUGAUACAACAAGACAAUUAGUUCUAGUUGUUAAUGCAUGUUUUGUGUUUGUUGUACUGAUUUUAUGGGAUUAUUCGAGGUUCGAAUCUGUCACACUAAGCAUA